AUGGGAUUCCUUGAGCCGACAGCUAUAUACCAUGCUCGGCAGAGAAUCCGGUUCCUUGAAGUGUUCAAAUUCCUCACUCAUUGUCAGCGCGCAAUCCUCCGAAGAGCCCUUAAGUCCUCAUUCCCUGCUGAGGCGAGAUGGACCAAGUGGUUAGAGAGCGAAUUUACUGACCGGAAGGCCCAUAGUUCGAAUCUGAGCUCUGCCUCUCGACUUCCCCUGUCUAGGCUUGGGCUGCCAGGCAGUAUCCCAGCCCUCGUGCUUCCUUUGUGUGGCAUGGCAACUAGGCACCGAAAAGGUGAUACAGCUGAACGAUUUUUUUCUGGUGAUAAAACAUGGCGAACAUUGCGAUCGAGCGCCUAA